CUCGCUGUCACCCGGGCUGCGCAGGCGUGCUGGUCCCGGUUAUUGUUACCGUUGUGCUCAAAGGCGACGGGUGCCUGUGAGCGGCGAGGAGCGCUCUCUUUAUUUUGGGCGUUCGUGGUUUGCUGCUGCCGCCACUCCUCGACCAUCCAUUUUGGGGCCCAGCGGAGCGUUCGAGACCCGCUGAGUCCCGCCCAGGCAAGAUGCCGAUCAACAAAUCCGAGAAGCCAGAGAAGGCUGACAAUUCUGAUAAUGUCAAAGUUGUUGUUCGCUGCCGGCCUUUCAAUGAACGAGAGAAAGUCAUGUGCUAUAAAAUGGCAGUUAAUGUUGAUGAAAUGCGAGGCACAAUUACUGUCCAUAAAACAGAUUCUUCCAAUGAACCUCCCAAGACAUUUACCUUUGACACUGUUUUUGGACCUGAGAGCAAACAACUUGAUGUUUAUAACUUAACUGCAAGACCAAUUAUUGACUCUGUUCUGGAAGGAUACAAUGGCACUAUUUUUGCUUAUGGCCAAACUGGAACAGGAAAGACGUUUACUAUGGAAGGGGUCCGGGCUGUUCCAGAACUCAGGGGGAUCAUUCCAAAUUCUUUUGCUCAUAUAUUUGGGCACAUUGCAAAGGCAGAAGGUGAUACAAGGUUUUUGGUUCGAGUCUCUUAUUUGGAAAUUUACAAUGAGGAAGUGCGUGACCUGUUGGGGAAGGACCAGACACAGAGGCUAGAAGUUAAAGAACGACCUGAUGUGGGAGUCUAUAUCAAAGAUCUUUCAGCUUAUGUUGUAAAUAAUGCAGAUGACAUGGACAGAAUUAUGACACUCGGUCACAAAAACCGUUCUGUUGGGGCCACGAAUAUGAAUGAACACAGUUCCCGUUCCCAUGCUAUCUUUACAAUCACAAUUGAGUGCAGUGAGAAGGGUGUUGAUGGGAAUAUACAUGUGCGCAUGGGCAAGCUGCACUUAGUAGAUCUUGCGGGAUCAGAGAGGCAGGCUAAAACUGGCGCCACUGGGCAACGUCUAAAGGAAGCUACAAAAAUCAACCUUUCCCUCUCUACUCUGGGGAAUGUGAUUUCUGCACUAGUAGAUGGAAAGAGCACUCAUGUGCCUUACCGCAACUCCAAGCUGACACGACUGCUACAGGAUUCCCUUGGAGGAAACUCCAAAACAAUGAUGUGUGCGAAUAUUGGUCCAGCGGAUUACAAUUAUGAUGAGACUAUUAGCACUCUACGGUAUGCCAACCGUGCCAAAAACAUCAAGAACAAGGCUAGAAUUAAUGAAGAUCCAAAAGAUGCCUUGCUUCGCCAAUUCCAAAAAGAAAUCGAAGAGCUUAAGAAAAAGUUGGAAGAAGGGGAAGAGAUCUCUGGUUCUGAGACAAGUGGCUCUGAAGAUGAUGAUGAUGAAGACGAAGAUGGGGAGAUUGGCGAAGAUGGAGAAAAGCGCAGGAAGCGAAGGGGCAGUAGCAGCAGCAGUAGUUCAGACUCUACAUGCUCUGUCAUAGAAAAACCUCUGGACAAAUCCUUCACUAAUCAAGCAGGAAAGAAGAAAGUGUCUCCCGACAAGAUGAUAGAGAUGCAAGCAAAGAUUGAUGAAGAAAGGAAAGCCCUGGAAACAAAACUUGAUAUGGAAGAAGAAGAAAGGAACAAAGCCCGAGCAGAACUUGAAAAGAGGGAGAAAGACCUCCUUAAAGCACAGCAAGAACACCAGUCUCUGCUGGAGAAACUGUCAGCCUUGGAAAAAAAAGUGAUUGUAGGAGGUGUGGACUUGCUGGCAAAGGCAGAGGAGCAGGAGAAGCUCCUUGAGGAAUCGAACAUGGAACUUGAAGAACGAAGGAGACGAGCAGAGCAGCUCCGUAAGGAGCUCGAAGAGAAGGAGCAAGAACGUUUGGAUAUUGAGGAGAAGUACACUAGCCUUCAAGAGGAAGCACAAGGAAAGACCAAGAAACUGAAGAAAGUCUGGACAAUGCUGAUGGCAGCCAAGUCAGAGAUGGCAGAUCUGCAGCAAGAACAUCAAAGAGAAAUUGAAGGCUUGCUGGAGAACAUCCGGCAGCUUAGCAGGGAGCUGCGGCUUCAAAUGCUCAUCAUUGACAACUUUAUACCUCAGGACUACCAGGAAAUGAUUGAAAACUAUGUUCACUGGAACGAAGACAUAGGAGAAUGGCAGUUGAAAUGUGUGGCAUAUACGGGCAAUAACAUGAGAAAGCAGACUCCAGUGCCAGAUAAAAAAGAGAAAGAUCCCUUCGAGGUGGACCUUUCACAUGUAUAUCUAGCUUACACUGAAGAGAGCUUGCGACAGUCUUUGAUGAAGUUAGAGAGACCAAGGACUUCAAAAGGGAGAUCAAGGCCCAAAACCGGCAGACGAAAACGUUCUGCAAAAUCAGGAGCUGUGAUCGAUUCGUUGCUUCAGUAGACUGAAAUGGUGGAAUUACGGAAAAGAUGAAUAUGUGACUUAAUGCUUGGUUGAGAUAUGCAGAGUUUGAUGCAUUCUUGACAAAGAAGUAGUUAGAAUGGCCUGCAGUUGAGAUGAAAAGAAAAUACAUUUCCUUUCCUUGAUUUGCCAUUGUAUCAUCUGUUACAUUAACAUACACUCUCUUCAGUCUAAACUGUGUGGUGACUGUAAACUUGUCAGUGUUACUACUAAUACCACUCCAGGGAUUGUAUAGGGGAAGCUGUUGGGGGGUGUUCCAUGUUGUAAGUGAUAUGUAUAGAAAAGGAAGAUGGUGUGUGUAUGCGUAUGUAUCUGUCUAAUUUUAAGCAGAUUUGCCCUGUUGUAAGUAGAGAGCCAGAAUUCCAUACUACAGCUUUGCUUUAUGCAUUGCCACUCAUACUAUUCCAUGUCUGCACUGGUACGGACUACCACUCUCUCCAGAACUGGGAGCUGCAGAACCAUGACCCAUCAACAUUCUUCCAUCUUAAUCCUCUACUAUACCUGUACAGCUAUUUUCCAGUUCGUUUACUGAAUACAUCAGAUAUGUAAGCUUAAUUCCAUGUUGUGAAGCAAGGUGAUGGUGGGCUGCCCCCUUGUCUGGAGGGCAGAGAUUGGGCAUCCUUAUAAAUUUAAAUUGCAGUAUGCAUUUAGAUGGGUCAUUCUGGGAAUAAUCUGAUAAGCACUAUUAUGCAACUUACAUUAAUUUUAGUAGGGGGUUACCACGUUCCAGUUAAACUUACAUGGCGGUGGCAGUGCCAAGUUGCCUUAUGCUCUUUGUCCUCUUACUCUAGAAAAAUAUAUGUUCACAUUAACAGCAACCUAAACACAAGGGAAGCCAUGUUUUUGCUUCCCGAGGAUAUAGUGGUAGGAUGUAUCUGCAUGGCCAAUAAACUGUGCUUUCUGGACCACUGACAAAGGGUCAUGCAAACAUCUGGUGGUCUUAUCCCCAGAAUGUGUGCACUAUAGUCCACACUGUUCCUUUCCCUUGUAUCAUUCCAUCUCACCUCUAUUUUGAUUGGACAUUUAAAGUGUAAUUUCUUUCUUUUUAAAGUAAUUAAAUUAGUUCCUUGUGGCAUUCCAUGGAAACAGUUGGCUUCUACUAAAACUUUGUCUGAUAUCAUAAAAUACUGCAUGGCAUUUGAGACUUUCAGAAUGAAACAUGGUAAUGUUAUUCUAGAGGCAGCUCACAUAAGUACUGUAGUUCUUUCUUUUAAAAAAUACUUAGUUCUUUUUGUACUCAUUGCCUAAAUGAGCCUUUUUCAUCUGAUACUGGACUUCAGUUCUUGGUAUCGUGAUGCAGUGUGGUCAUGUGGAAGCCACCCGAAUGGCAGAAGUGUCCCGAAAACAUCUAACCUAAAUGAGUUUAUGGAAAAAAUUUGAAAACGUAUGACUUGUGCUUUUCCCAGGAUUCUCCCCAACAUGUUAGAAUCUCCUUCAUUGCUGCUCAUCCAGCAGAUGAUUUACACAGUCCGGAGGCAGUAAGGUUUACAAUAGUGUAAGCAACUUGGUGAAUCACUACCCACUCUCUAGUAAUUCCUCUUUCCACUUAAGAGAUAAGCAUUCCUGCUCAUCAUGCUGUGUGUUUAUUUGAUACCUGCCAAUUUCCCAAAUCCAGUCUCCUCUUUUUGAAGAUCUUUUGCUGUUGCACCUAAUAUAACAAUAAUUUUACCUUCAUAAUGUGGUGACUGCUGGACACAGUCUGUUACUGUAUGUAUUUUAGUAGUCUUAACUUUUAAUAUGGUACUUGAUUGUAUCAUCUGUAUUUUAAGAAGCUGCAAUGGCUGAUGUGAAAUACUCCAUACAAAAAGAGUAUUUUGAUUAUACUUUGGUAGCAGAAUUUGUAAUUGAUGGCUGCUGAAUCUUACUGAUUAUAACAAUUGCUGUUGGUCAUAGUAUUCCUCAUAUUUUUAUAUUUUUUAUAUUUUCAUUUUUUAUUACUGUGUCAAUUUUUGCAAAAUGUGGAUCCCAUAUUUUGGUGGAGAAUGAAGGUGGGAGAAUAAUGCUUUGGGUUCAUAGCUGGGUCCAAAACGAAAACAAAAUACAUCUUUUAAAAAAUUGGUGGUACUAUGUAUGGACUAAGGAGAGCCUGAUGUGGUGGUUCAUAAAAUCCUUACUCGUCAUUUUUAUUUUGAGUAUAGUAUUUUUAAAAAUUCAGUAUAUAGUUACUUAAAUUGGGUGACAAACAUUAAGAGGCUGGGAUUAUGACCUCAUCUCAGAUGCUGGUCUGAAUUUUCAGCUUCUCCAGAGUACAGAGACCUCCUUACUGCCACAGUAUGCUCCAUGGUAAAAAAUGUGGCAUUUCCAAAGAAGCUGAAAGUUAAUAUAAAGCUAUAUAAGCAUCAAUUUUGGAAUUCACUUAAGUGUUUCUGGAUGUUCCAUCAGAACUGGUGACUGUUUUGAUUUUGGUAACCGAAUGUAUUCCUAGCCCUCAGAUGAAUGAGAAGCACAUUGGUCCUUAACUUUCUAAUCCCUGCAGAGUUGCAUCUGCUGGUGUCAAAAGAUACGUGGCCCUGCAAAUGUUAGCCAUCUCUUGGCAAGCAUGGAUUUUAAAUUUCCAAAGCCAAAGCCGUUGAAGAAAAGGUUACAAUUUGUUGUGAAUUAUUCCUGUGCUGAUCAAAGUCAGUCCAUGCAUUGCUUUGGCUAAUGGUUAGUGUUUUUUUUUCAGAACCUGCCACACAGUUACAAAGUCAAGAUACAUUUUAGCACACAGUCCACAAGGCCAGUGUGUGCUGCAAGGUACCACAGCUGAGGAGCUGUGAAAUAUUUUCAUAUACCGGCAGCAGUUGUGGUCUAAUGGCCAUUCAUCAUUCUACCAUGAUUUCUGAAUAGAACAGUCUGGCUCUUUUACAAUUAGGACCUAAUGAUAAAAUGAACAUGCAAGGAAGACACUUUUAGCCUAGAAGCACAGUUCAGUGCUUUUCAAUCUUCUGUUGGCUCGCAUGUGAUGUGAGCAUAUCCACCCACCCCCACAGAGCCAACAGUCAUGUUAAUUCAGAAAAAUCAGCCUGAAGCCUCUGUUCUUUCUUCUGUUUCUACUGCAAUAUCUUUAAUGAUUUGUAUAUAGAAUGUUUUGAGAUGUUGCUUUUAAAUCAUUAAAUCUUCCCUAGUUCUUGGUUUGCAAGAAGAGAAGACAGGAGGGAAAGCCUCUCUCUGUGACUUUUGCAAUUAUUUACCUUGUAUUCUUUACACUUUAAAUUAUAGGAAAUAAUUACUGAUCCAUGCCAUUGAGCCUGUAUAUAAGGAGGAAAGGGGGGGGAUGUACAAAUUAUCCCUAUUUAUUGUUUCUUUAGAAAGUUAACAUUUCUUGUUUGUUGUUCUGUUGUGUAUGUUGUAUAUAGUGGUAUAAUGUCUCAACACUGAGCAUGUUGAUGCCAAGAAAUAAACAUCUUGGGUUCCCAAUGUA